AAGACAGAUGCCAAAAAAGUCCCAAAAAGACCAAAAUGGUCUAGAUCUGAGAAGCUCCGAGCCAAGCUUAUCAAUUUGGGCUUCUCAGCUUCCCGAAAUUUUGACAAAAAUUCGACUCAGAGUUCGAACUUUCUGCCCCAACAAUUGAACUUAGAAGCAUCGAAUUCGAACUCUCAGCUUCCUCCCCUCCUUUCUUCUCGUCGGCGUCCAUUUUCUAGAGAUUUUUCACCCCUGUUCUCCGGCCACCGCAGCGGCGAUAUUCACCACAUUUUCACUCGGGUUUUCGGCAGUUUUUCACCGUGUUUUAGAGAUGCUUCUCGUCGCCAUCCAUCAUCCACAUUGAUUCCGGUAAAUCCCAUCUCGUUGUCCUUCAGUCUUCAGUGCCCAAGCCUCAACAGCCAUCGCCUCCGACGCAUGUUCGAUACAUUCGACAAGAACAGCGACGGCACAAUCACUGUCCAUGAGCUCUGCCAAGCUCUAAACCUUCUCGGCCUGGACACUAACCCCUCUGAGCUAGACUCCAUCGUGCAUGGCUUCAUAAAGCUAGGCAAUACGGGGUUGGAAUACGACGACUUCGAAGCGUUGCACCAGUCGUUGGGGGAAACGUAUCACCGGGUGGACCAAAGGGCGUGUGUCGCGGAUCCUUUGUCGUUGGAGGAGUCGGACUUGACAGAGGCAUUUAAGGUGUUUGACGAGGACGGAGAUGGGUUUAUAUCGGCGAGGGAGUUGCAGGUGGUGCUGGGGAAGUUGGGAUUGCCGGAGGGGAGGGAGAUCAGUAGAGUUGAGCAGAUGAUUUCUGUUGAUCGAAAUCAUGAUGGAAGUGUUGACUUUUAUGAGUUCAAGGCUAUGCUGCAAAAUGUCUUGGUCCGCAGCUCUUGAUUUCUUUCUUUAAUUAUUCUCUCGAGAGAUUGCCAAAUGGAUGGAUUGUUGAGUUCACAUUGUCUUUUUUUGGGAGACUUGACAAUGUCCAUUGAAGCAAAACAGGCCCAAAAAAUCAGAAAUCUGUCUCUCUUUAUAACUAUUGUAUUUGAAAAUUUUUAU